UUUUUUUGAAAGAAUACGAGAUUUGAGUGUAUGUAUGUGGUUCAUAUUCACCAAUUUUCAUCACACAUUUGACCAAUAGAGGUAAUCUUUCCUGAAGUUUGAUUUUAAACGUGUGCUCAAGGACCUUUCCUUGAAUUAGUUACUAGAAGGGAGAUUAGUUCCAGCCAAUGGAAAAUGAGCGAGGACCUAUUUUUAUCCUUCGUAUUUCUCUUACAAUAUAUUCAUUUACGUCCAAGAUCUGCUACAAUCCUGUAAAGAAGUUAAAUUUGGACUGCAAGGUAUUCAUGUAAGGAUGCAUAUUUUUCUGCGUUGUUUUAAAUGGUAAAAAGAUUGGUUCACUUUUUAUUGUCCUUUAUUAUCACAAAUUUGGGGAGAAAAGAUGGAGAGCACAAUUGUUUAAUCCUGCUGUAUAACUUGAGUCUAGGAAAUUCAGGAUUAGAACCUCCUCUCUUUCAGGUGAUAAUCAAUUAAGGAGCUGUAGCAUACUAAUAAUAAAUAGAUGUUGAUGUCAUGGGCUGCUGAAGCGUAUACUAUUUAAUAGGUAGCGCAUAGCAUUCCAACUGCCCUGUCCUCUGGGAUCCUCUUCACUUCGUGGUCCAUAAUUGUAUUGAUUAAUCUAUGUUGUGUCAUCUCAAUCAUAAUGUUGCUAGAAUGUAUUGUAGCUCAAUAUUUUACAGUUAGAGAGAUCGUGGGAGCAUAUACUGGUACUUUAAUGUUCGUCAUCAUAUGAGGCUUUUGUAUGAUACCCUUCCAUGAUGGUCAUUUUUCAAUGUUUUCCAUCAGGUCCGUGAACUUCAAGUUUGUCCCCGAACCAGUUUUCGUAUCAAAGCAAUUUGCACUCUUACUGCUGCUUGCUCACCUCGGAUUGCUUGCAGCUUUUGCCCACUACAAAUGGUGCAAGCAUGAAGGAGGACUUUUUAGUUUUUUGCAUUCUAGAUUCAUAUCUACUAAGCAGUCAUCUUCUCUUAUGAGUUCUAGCAGUUUAUCCAUUAAGAUUCUCAAUGAAGAACAUAUUGUGGCAACUUUGUUUGUGGGGAAUUUCAUUGGCAUUAUAUGUGCCCGAUCUCUGCAUUAUCAGUUCUACUCAUGGUACUUCUAUAGCUUGCCUUAUCUUUUGUGGAGAACACCUUACCCUACAAUGCUGCGUUUGCUUCUGUUUUUAGGAGUGGAGUUUUGCUGGAAUGUUUAUCCUUCAAAUAUUUAUUCAUCUGCACUGCUUUUAUGUCUACAUUUAGUUAUCCUCUGGGGUUUAUGGUCUGCUCCAUCUAAAUAUCCUUAUGUGGAGGAUAAAUUAUCAACUAGAGGGAAGGACAGAUAAAGGGCUCUUCUUUUUUUUUUUUUUUUUUUACUUAAUAGAUGUAACUUCUGUUCAAUUUUUAACUGAAUAUACAAAAUACUUAUCAAUGACCAGCAAAACAGAGAGAAAAGGUAUAGAUUUUGGAAACUGAUGAGUAAUUCUCGACUGCAUUUUCUUUUAUUUUUUAGAUUGA